AUGUCAUGUGACUUCACUCUUAUGAUAUCAUCUUGCACGCUAGCUUAUAGCAGGCCCCAUGAAGCGGCUGUCAUGCGCAUAGCGACAUUGAUUGCACUCGUGCAGCUGUCGCUCGCUACAGCUGUUUCAGAUGAUGCCAUCAACACACUCACAGCGGCGGAGUUGAAUCUCCAAUUAGCCGGAGACAAUGCACUCUCACCAUUCUAUGAAACGAGCGCCGAAGACGCCGGGGUUAACUUUAUUAGGGGUUCUAGAGCCAUAGACACUCCAUUAUCUCCUGACAUAAACGUGCAAUGUGGGUCCGAUUAUAUCGAUGUAACUGUCGAAUUCCCUGAUAUUUACGAUGGUAUUAUAUACAGUAAAGGACAUCUUAACGACCCCAAGUGCAAAUAUGUAACCCUUGGAGGUAGUGAAUCGCAUUACUCGUUCAGAGUACCACUAAAUGGCUGUGGUUCUCGACCUCUCUGUAACGCUUGCGGGAGUAUUGAUAACAUCUUAGUUUUCCAAGCUGAUGACUUCGUCCAAGGACCAUUAGACUUCGCUAGGAAGGUAUCGUGUGCAAGCACGUCUUUAGAAGUGUCAGCAGGCAUUGGGAAACAAGAAGAAACGCAUACACUUAAACUAAAGCCUUUCAUGGUGGACAUGCUGGAUGUAGUAGCAGUACAGGGCCCCGCUGGCGGUGUCGAAUGCUGGAUGGACAUACAAAAAGGAGUGUUCCCAAAUACUACUCCUCUUAAAGAUUCGAUCAAGAUUGGUGAAUACCUUACUAUACUGGUAUACUUAAAGGAUAUCAGAAACCAGUUUAACCUGAAGAUACACGACUGUUGGGCAUACGAUAGCGAAAAUUACGAUGGACCUAAAACAAACAAAAUACAACUGACAGACAAGGAAGGAUGUCCUAAAAAAAGAAAACUUGUUGACCUAUGGCAAAAGUCGACUAACACAGGCGACAGCGGCGCCACGUUAAUUGCUUAUAGCAAAGUCAGUGCUUUCAGAUUCCCAGAAACGGAUCAGGUGUAUCUCACUUGCAAUGUCGAGUUGUGUACAAAUAAUUGUGACGCCAACUGCCAAGGAAUUACUAGUGAAAUCAGCACAACAAUCAGACCGCAACAGCAAUGUUAUCCUGGUUCUAAAGAUUCUAGAUGUCAACAACAGCCUAAGUGUUACCCCGGAUCAACAGAUCCACGUUGCCCUGGACUACCGUCAACUGAGCGCCCUAAUUGUUAUCCUGGUAACACAGAUCCAAGAUGUCCAAAACCAACAACACCUCAGCUUAAUUGUUAUCCUGGCAGUACAGACCCAAGAUGUCCGAGGCCUACUACACCUUCUCAGCCUAAUUGUUAUCCUGGAAACUCUGACCCAAGAUGUCCAAAGCCAACAACACCUUCUCAACCUAACUGUUAUCCCGGCAACACAGACCCAAGAUGCCCAAGGCCAACUACACCUCAAUCUGAUUGCUAUCCUGGUAGUACAGAUCCAAGAUGUCCAAGGCCAACUACACUUUCCCAACCUAACUGUUAUCCUGGCAGCACAGACCCACGGUGUCCCAGUCCCUCCACAGUUCAGCCUAACUGUUAUCCAGGUUCAUCAGAUUCACGAUGUUCUACAUCAACACAACCAACGAAAAGUCCCUGUUUCCCAGGUUCUAACGAUCCAAGUUGUCCUAAAUCUAUUACAUCAUCAACUCCCGCAGCCCCUAAUUGCUUUCCAGGAAAUACAGACAUUCGCUGCCAACAAUCUUCAACUUCAAAACCUAUUUGUUAUCCAGGCUCACCAAACCCUAGCUGUCCCCAAAUACAACCAUCAACGCAGAGUCCCCCAACUUACUUGCCACCGUCUACUACUGAAUUUAAAUGUUUCCCAGGUUCAACUGACUCCAGAUGUCCCAAAAUUACUAAGCCCACACCGCCUUCCCCAACAUUACCAUCACUUCCGAAUUGUUAUCCUGAAAGUAAGGAUCCACGAUGUCCUAAACCUACAACCCCAGCAUCUCUUAACUGUUACCCAGGAAAUACAGAUCCUCGCUGUUUUAGACCGUCUCCUGAUCCUAAACUUAAUUGUUAUCCUGGUUCCAAAGAUCCAAGAUGUCCGAAACCAACCACUGCUUCACAGCCUAACUGCUACCCAGGUAGUUCAGAUCCAAUAUGUUAUGCGUUAACAUCACCUAAGCCUGUAUGUUACCCUGGCUCUAACGAUCCCCGCUGUUCUCGACCAACACAAUCAACCACAAUAAAUGUGCCUACUUAUUUACCUUCAACUACACCACAAUCAUCUCCAUCAACCGUAACAUUAACUGGGUGUAUCCCUGGCAGUAAAGAUAGCAACUGCCCACAGCCCACGACUCUACGACCAAACUGCUAUUCAGGCAGUUUAGAUCCACGAUGUCCCAAAAUUACAACAACAACAUCUAAACCAGUUUGUUAUCCAGGAUCUCCAAAUCCAAAUUGUCCACAACCAUCCAGACCCACCACACUCACUCCACCUACCUAUCUUCCGCCAUCAACUACAAACGCCAAGUGUUAUCCAGGAUCUACAGAUGCUACUUGUAAUCAACAAACAACGCUACGUCCUAACUGUUAUCCUGGUAGUACAGAUCUAAGAUGUCCUCAACCAACAAUUACACCGCGCCCUAACUGUUACUCUGGCAGUACAGACCCAAGAUGCCCUCAACCAUCAACUGUACCUCGACCCAAUUGUUACCCCGGCAGCACCGACCCGAGAUGUCCUCAAACAACAACCUCAGCUCGGCCUAACUGUUAUCCAGGCAGUACCGAUCCAAGGUGUCCUCAACCAACAACUACUCCUCGUCCUAACUGCUAUCCUAGUAGUACAGAUCCAAGAUGUCCUCAACCAACUACCACACAACGUCCUAACUGCUAUCCUGGUAGUACAGAUGCAAGAUGUCCUCAACCAACCACUGCAUCUCGUCCCAAUUGCUAUCCUGGCAGUACAGACCCUAGAUGCCCUCAACCAACAACUACUUCUCGCCCUAACUGUUACCCUGGCAGCACAGAUCCAAGAUGUCCUCAACCUACCACUACAUCUCGUCCCGAUUGCUAUCCUGGCAGUACAGAUCGAAGGUGUCCUCAACCAACGACAGUAUCUCGUCCCAAUUGCUAUCCUGGUAGUACAGACCCACGAUGUCCUCAACCAACAACUACAGCUCGGCCUAACUGUUAUCCGGGUAGUACCGAUCCAAGGUGUCCUCAACCAACAACUACUCCUCGUCCUACCUGCUAUCCUGGUAGUACAGACCCACGAUGUCCUCAACCAACAACUACACCUCGACCAAACUGUUACCCUGGCAGCACAGAUCCAAGAUGCCCUCAACCAACAACUACAUCUCGUCCCAACUGCUAUCCUGGUAGUACAGACUCACGAUGUCCUCAACCAACAACUACACCUCGACCAAACUGUUACCCUGGCAGCACAGAUUCAAGAUGUCCUCAACCUACCACUACAUCUCGUCCCAAUUGCUAUCCUGGUAGUACAGACUCUAGAUGCCCUCAGUCAACUACACAAAAAACAGUAUGCUACCCUGGUUCACCUAAUCCUCAAUGCCCACAACCGUCUCGACCAACUACAUUAACACCACCUACUUAUCUACCGCCACCAACAUUAUCGCCUACAACUGUACGCCCUAAUUGUUACUCAGGUAACACAGAUCCAAGAUGCCCUCAACCAACAAACCCAAGAUGCCCUCAACCAACGACUACCUCUCGUCCCAACUGCUAUCCUGGUAGCACUGAUCCAAGGUGUCCUCAACCAUCAACUACACCUCGGCCAAACUGUUACCCUGGCAGCACAGAUUCAAGAUGCCCUCAACCAACAACUACCUCUCGUCCCAACUGCUAUCCUGGUAGCACUGAUCCAAGGUGUCCUCAACCAUCAACUACACCUCGGCCAAACUGUUACCCUGGCAGCACAGAUUCAAGAUGCCCUCAACCAACAACUACCUCUCGUCCCAACUGCUACCCUGGCAGUACAGAUCCAAGAUGUCCUCAACCAACAACUACAGCUAAGCCUAACUGUUAUCCGGGUAGUACCGAUCCAAGGUGUCCUCAACCAACAACUACUCCUCGUCCCAACUGCUAUCCUGGUAGUACAGAUCCAAGAUGCCUUCAACCAACGACUACCUCUCGCCCCAACUGCUAUCCCGGCAGUACUGAUCAAAGAUGUCCUCAACCAACAACUACAAUUCGGCCUAAUUGUUAUCCAGGUAGUACCGAUCCAAGGUGUCCUCAAACAACAACCUCAGUUCGUCCCAACUGUUAUCCUGGCAGUACAGACUCAAGAUGUCCUCAAAUAACAACUACACCUCGUCCCAAGUGCUAUCCUGGUAGUACAGAUACGAGAUGCCCUCAACCAACGACUACCUCUCGUCCCAACUGCUAUCCUGGCAGCACUGAUCCAAGAUGCCCUAAACCUACUACUCAAAAACCAGUAUGUUAUCCCGGUUCACCAGAUCCUAGUUGCCCACAACCUUCUCGUCCUACCACAUUGACACCUCCCACGUAUUUGCCACCAUCUACAUCUAGACCAAAGUGUUAUGCAGGUUCCACCGACUCUCGUUGUUCUCAACCAACAACUACACCGCGUCCCAACUGUUAUUCUGGUAGUACAGAUCCAAGAUGUCCCCAACCAAUAACUACACCACGUCCUACCUGCUAUCCUGGUAGUACUGACCCAAGAUGCUCUCAACCAACGACUACCUCUCGUCCCAACUGCUAUCCUGGCAGCACUGAUCCAAGAUGCCCUAAACCAACAACUACAGCUAGACCCAAUUGUUUCCUUGGCAGCACCGAUCCGAGGUGUCCUCAAACAACAACCCCCGCUCGCCCCAACUGUUAUCCUGGCAGUACAGAUCCAAGAUGUCCUCAAACAACAACCCCCGCUCGUCCCAACUGUUAUCCUGGCAGUACAGAUCCAAGAUGUCCCCAACCAACAACUACACCACGUCCUACCUGCUAUCCUGGUAGUACAGACCCAAGAUGCCCUAAACCAACGACUAGCUCUCGUCCCAAUUGUUACCCUGGCAGCACUGAUCCAAGGUGCCCUAAACCAACAACUACAGCUCUGCCAAACUGCCAUCCGGGUAGUACAGACCCUAGAUGUCCUCAAACAACAACCCCAGCUCGCCCCAACUGUUAUCCUGGCAGUACAGAUCCAAGAUGUCCCCAACCAACAACUACACAACGUCCUAACUGCUAUCCUGGCAGUACAGACUCAAGAUGCCCUAAACCAACGACUACCUCUCGUCCCAAUUGCUACCCUGGCAGCACUGAUCCAAGGUGCCCUAAACCAACUACUACACCCCGUCCUAAGUGUUAUCCUGGCAGUACAGACUCAAGAUGCCCACAAACAACGACUACAACUCGUUCUAAUUGCUAUCCUGGCAGCACAGAUCCUAGGUGUACUCCCCCUACCUAUUUACCACCAUCUACUUCUCAACCAACCUUGCGUCCCAACUGUUAUCCAGGCAGUACGGAUUCAAGAUGUUCUAAUCCAACAACUACUUCUCGCCCUAAGUGCUACCCUGGCAGCACAGAUUCAAAAUGUCCUCAACCUACCACUACAUCUCGUCCCAAUUGCUAUCCUGGCAGCACUGAUCCAAGGUGUCCUAAACCAUCAACUACACCUCGGCCAAACUGUUACCCUGGCAGCACAGAUGCAAGAUGCCCUCAACCAACAACUACAUCUCGUCCCAACUGCUAUCCUGGCAGUACAGAUCCAAGAUGUCCUCAACCAACAACUGCAUCUCGUCCCAACUGUUACCCUGGUAGCACUGAUCCAAGGUGUCCUCAACCAUCAACUACACCUCGGCCAAACUGUUACCCUGGCAGCACAGAUUCAAGAUGCCCUCAACCAACAACUACCUCUCGUCCCAACUGCUAUCCUGGCAGUACAGAUCCAAGAUGUCCUCGACCAACAACUACCUCUCGUCCCACCUGCUAUCCUGGUAGCUCUGAUCCAAGGUGUCCUCAACCAACAACUACACUUCGACCAAACUGUUACCCUGGCAGCACAGAUUCAAGAUGCCCUCAACCAACAACUACAUCUCGUCCCAACUGCUAUCCUGGCAGUACAGAUCCAAGAUGUCCUCAACCUACCACUACAUCUCGACCCAACUGCUAUCCUGGUAGCUCUGAUCCAAGGUGUCCUCAACCAACAACUACACUUCGACCAAACUGUUACCCUGGCAGCACAGAUUCAAGAUGUCCUCAACCUACCACUACAUCUCGUCCCAACUGCUAUCCUGGUAGCAUAGACCCUAGGUGCCCAAAACCUACUACUCAAAAACCAGUAUGCUAUCCCGGUUCACCAGAUCCCAGUUGCCCACAACCUUCUCGUCCUACCACAUUGACCCCUCCAACUUAUUUGCCACCAUCUACGUCUCGACCACACGUGCGUCCCAACUGUUAUCCUGGUAGUACAGAUCCGAAAUGUCCUCAACCUACCCCUACAACUCGUCCCAACUGCUAUCCUGGCAGUACAGAUACAAGAUGUCCUCAAUCAUCUACCACACAACGUCCUAACUGCUAUCCUGGCAGUACAGAUCCAAGAUGUCCUCAACCAACGACUGCAUCUCGUCCUAACUGUUAUCCUGGCAGUACAGAUCCAAGAUGCCCUCAACCAACAACUACGCCUCGUCCUAACUGCUAUCCUGGCAGUACGGACCCUAGAUGCCCUCAAACAACAACUACAUCUCGUCCCAAAUGCUAUCCUGGCAGUAAAGACCCAGUAUGUCCUCAACCAACGACUACCUCUCGUCCCAACUGUUAUCCAGGCAGUAUAGACCCAAGAUGUCCUCAAACAACAACUACAUCUAGUCUCAAAUGCUAUCCUGGUAGUACAGAUCUGAGAUGUCCUCAAACAACGACUGCAUCUCGUCCCAACUGCUAUCCUGGUAGUACAAACCCUAGUUGCCCAAAACCAACUACUCAAAAACCAGUAUGUUAUCCCGGUUCGCCAGAUCCUAAUUGUCCACAACCAUCUCGUCCUACCACAUUGACUCCUCCUACCUAUUUACCACCAUCUACUUCUCAACCAACCUUGCGUCCUAACUGUUAUCCAGGCAGUACGGACCCAAGAUGUCCUAAACCAACAACUACUUCUCGCCCCAACUGUUACCCUGGCAGCACAGAUUCAAGAUGUCCUCAACCAACUACCACACAACGUCCUAACUGCUAUCCUGGCAGUAAAGAUCCAAGAUGUCCUCAACCAACGACUGCAUCUCGUCCCAACUGCUAUCCUGGCAGUACAGACCCAAGAUGCCCUCAACCAACAACUACAUCUCGCCCCAACUGUUACCCUGGUAGCACAGAUUCAAGAUGUCCUCAACCUACCACUACAUCUCGUCCCAACUGCUAUCCUGGCAGUACAGAUCCAAGAUGUCCUCAAUCAACGACUGUAUCUCGUCUCAAUUGCUAUCCUGGCAGCACAGAUCCUAGGUGUCCACAACCUACUACUCAAAGACCUGUAUGUUAUCCUGGCUCACCAGAUCCCACUUGUCCACAACCAUCCCGUCCUACUACAUUGACUCCUCCUACCUAUUUACCACCAUCUACUUCUCAACCAACCUUGCGUCCCAACUGUUACCCAGGCAGUAAGGAUCCAAGAUGUCCUGAACCAACAUCUACUUCUCGCCCCAACUGUUACCCUGGCAGCACAGAUUCAAAAUGUCCUCAAGCUACCAGUACAUCUCGUCCCAACUGCUAUCCUGGCAGCACUGAUCCAAGAUGCCCUAAACCAACAACUACACCACGUCCUAACUGCUAUCCUGGCAGUACAGAUCCAAGAUGCCCUCAAUCAACGACUGCAUCUCGUCCCAACUGCUAUCCUGGUAGUACAGACCCAAGAUGUCCUCAACCAACAUCUACUUCUCGCCCCAACUGUUACCCUGGCAGCACAGAUUCAAGAUGUCCUCAACCUACUACUACAUCUCGUCCCAACUGCUAUCCUGGCAGUCCAGAUCCAAGAUGUCCUCAACCAACUACCACACAACGACCUAACUGUUAUCCUGGCAGUGCAGAUCCAAGAUGUCCUCAACCAACGACUACAUCGCGUCCCAACUGCUAUCCUGGCAGUACAGACCCAAGAUGCCCUCAACCAACAACUACUUCUCGUCCCAACUGUUACCCUGGCAGCACAGACUCGAGAUGUCCUCAAACUACCACUUCAUUGCGUCCGAACUGCUAUCCUGGCAGCACAGAUCCUAGAUGUCCACAACCUACUACUCAAAAACCUGUAUGUUAUCCUGGAUCACCAGACCCCAAUUGCCCACAGCCACCACGACCUUCUACCUUAAUACCACCUACUUAUCUUCCACCAUCACCUUCACGACCUACAUGCUAUCUAGGUUCUACAGAUCCCAGGUGUGCUGAAACUACUUCACAACCUAAUUGCUACCCGGGCAGUACAGAUCCACGUUGCUCGAAACCAACUACAUUGGGUCCAACGACGUCCAUACAACCUCAAUGCUACCCUGGAAGUACCGAUAUUAGGUGUACAAGACCUACAACUACUAAGCCAAUAUGUUAUCCAGGAUCACGUGAUCCUAAUUGUCCUCAGUCAUCUCCUACUACUAGACCUCCGAUAUAUCCUUCAACAGUUCAAAACUGUUUCCCAGGUUCCACAGAUCCACGUUGUCCAAAAACCCCAACAACCUUACAAUCUACAGUUAAACCACCUACAACACCACAGUCACAAUGCUAUCCUGGGUCUACAGAUCCUAGGUGUCCUAAAACAAAUCCACCCAAACCCAUAUGCUACCCCGGAUCCCAAGAUCCAAAAUGUCCACAACCAGUAAGACCUACAACUGUAUCUCCUACCCAACCAACAUUUAGACCUAAUUGCUAUCCAGGCUCACCAGAUCCUAGAUGCCCAAAAUCUCCUACUUCCACUCCUAGUUCAUGCUACCCAGGUUCUAAAGACCCUAAAUGUCCUCAACCUUUCAGACCUAGUAGUACUAAUCCUCCAUCCACGUACCUACCUCCAUUCCCAGCAGAGAAUGAAGUAAAAUCGCCAAGAGUUGGGAGAUUGGCUUCUAAAAAUAUUGAUUACUAUGAUGAAUCGCAAUCAGAAAUUGAUAACUUCGAAUUUUCUAGAACGAAACCUCGAUCUAGGAACAUAAGAGACGUGACCCAAGUGAGCGAAACUAUUGCCCCUUCUGUUGGUGGGUCAGCACUUUUACUAUUAUCUGUGGGUGCUGCCAUUUUGGUGUUAUCUGUAGCGAUAGCCGUUCACAUGAAAAGAAGAUACAAAAGAUCUAUUACAACGGCAAACAAUAGCGUUCAAAGUCUUUGUUGAUCAAUGUAGGUGCAUAAUUUUAACGAUUUAACGAUAAUAU